AUGUCCCAGUUCGGACUCCUGCCCGGGAGGGCCUGGGUUGCACUGAUCAGGGAGCUCCUGCGGCCACCCCACUAUAUCUGCAUCCGGGCGGUCGGUUCUCAUAACCAGGUCGCAGAGGCAGUGUCAACAUCUCAACUGAAAGCCAAUCAAGAAAAAUCAAAUUGUAUUAUCAAGACCCCAAAGGGCACCAGGGAUCUUAGUCCCCAGCAGAUGGUUGUAAGGGAGAAAAUUCUUGAUACGGUUGUCAGCUGCUUUAAACGGCAUGGGGCAAAGGGGUUGGAUACCCCAGCAUUUGAGCUGAAGGAAACACUCACUGAGAAGUAUGGAGAGGACUCUCUGCUCAUUUAUGAUCUGAAGGAUCAAGGUGGAGAGCUGUUGUCUCUUCGCUAUGACCUUACCGUCCCUUUUGCUCGUUACCUGGCAAUGAAUAAAGUGAAGAAGAUGAAACGCUAUCAUGUUGGAAAGGUGUGGCGGCGGGAGAGUCCAACCAUAGUCCAAGGCCGUUACAGAGAGUUCUAUCAGUGUGAUUUUGACAUUGCUGGUCAAUUUGACCCUAUGAUCCCUGAUGCAGAAUGUUUGAAGAUCAUGUGUGAAAUCAUAAGUGGGUUGCAGCUAGGGGACUUUCUUAUUAAGGUCAAUGACCGGCGGAUUAUAGACGGGAUGUUUGCUGCCUGUGGUGUUCCUGAAAGCAAGUUCCGAGCCAUCUGCUCCUCGAUAGACAAAUUAGACAAGAUGUCUUGGGAAGAUGUGAGACACGAGAUGGUGACAAAGAAGGGCCUGGCUCCUGAGGUGGCUGAUAGAAUUGGGGAUUAUGUCCAACGUAAUGGUGGGGUAUCCCUGGUAGAGCAACUGUUCCAGGAUCCCAGACUAUCCCAGAGCAAGCAGGUCCUGGAGGGCCUGGGGGACCUGAAGCUGCUGUUUGAAUACCUGACUGUAUUGGGAAUUGCUGAGAAAAUCUCUUUUGACCUAAGCCUGGCCCGUGGCCUGGACUACUAUACAGGAGUAAUCUAUGAAGCAGUGCUGCGGCAGAGCCCAAAUGAGACUGGAGAGGAUUCCUUGAGCAUUGGCAGUGUGGCUGCUGGUGGGCGUUAUGAUGGGCUGGUGGGCAUGUUCAACCCCAGUGACCACAAGGUGCCAUGUGUAGGGCUCAGUAUUGGGGUAGAGCGGAUCUUCUCCAUUGUGGAGCACAGAAUGAAGGUUUUUGGUGAGAAGGUACGGACCACAGAGACCGAAGUAUUUGUGGCCACACCACAAAAGAACUUUCUCCAAGAACGAUUGAAACUAAUCGCAGAGCUCUGGGAUGCUGGGAUCAAGGCUGAGCUGAUGUACAAGAACAACCCUAAAUUACUAACCCAGUUGCACUACUGUGAGAACAUGGGCAUACCACUGGUGGUCAUUAUUGGUGAGCAAGAAAUGAAGGAAGGGGUCAUCAAGCUUCACACAGUGGCCAGCAGGGAGGAGGUUACCAUUAAACGAGAACAUCUUGUGGCUGAAAUUGAGAAGCGACUAUCUGAUUCUUGA